UGUUGGUGGAGGGUUAAAAAAUAUAAUUUCUAGAUUGAGUAAUGUGUAGGGGGAGGAAAGUAGAGAACGUACAACUGGAACUUGACGCAGCUAGCUAGGAACAAGCGUCAACAGCUCCAUGCUAUUGUUUUAACCAAAUCAAGUGUGGAUCAGGGUAGAAGCGUAGGUAUGAUUUAAGAUAGUAACUAAGGAAUAGGAUAAUCAGUAUCUAGGGGUGGGGGUUAGUUAACAUGUGUAUAAUUUAAACUAUAAAAAUCACGAAUCGACUCUGUAUGCUUUGGACAUCAGAUUUGGGUGUAUUAUCACCCCGGUGUCCCGCGCGCUGGAAUAAAGAACCGCAUAUGAACGCCUUCGUGUGGUUAUAUGUUUUCCUACGCUAACAUUUUUGGCGACCCAGGACGGGACCUUGUGGGCGCAGCCAGGACCCCGCGACCCGAUCACGCUCCAGCCGGCACCGGGUGAUUUCUCGGGGAGCCCAUCGGCGCCGCGACCCUCGCCGCUCACAACGACCCCUGGUGAGAGGUAAGGUUCUUUAUUCUCUGGUCUGGGGGCCUGCCAUUAAGACGCAGCGAAAGCUACGCUUGGUUGGGCAAAAGGAAUUCCUGGUGGUAUUGCCUAGGCAGCCGUCCGUCAGACAUCGCGAAAGCGUUGCAGGUUCGGCAUCUGUGGUUUUUAUGUAUCUGUAAUAUGGAGAAACUAAAAGGGUUAAAAGAGGUUUUGGGCAGCAAUAAUGCCUCUAUACCAAGUUCUUCUCCGUUGGGUUGUUUGUUGGCACAUUGGAAAGAGGGGAACUUCAGUCAGGAAUUACGAAAAGAUAAGUUGAUUGAAUAUUGUAAUGUUCACUGGCCAAAAUACGCCUUGCCUGAAAAUCAGAGGUGGCCGAAAAACGGGUCUUUUGAUGUGAAGGUUAUUAUGCAACUUAGAUCGCUUUGUACACAAGAUGGAAGGGUAGAACAAUUACCAUAUAUUGACUUAUUUCUGUGCUUGCUUGAGAAACCGGUUUUGUGGCUUGACAAAAUGAAAGCAAUGAAGCUUGAGAAUAAUAAGUGUCUGGCUUGCGUCCAAAAUAAGCAUUGUAUGGAACAUGCAGUUUUAAGUGAAAUUUUAGGGGGAAAAAGAGAUGAACUGGAAUCGGAAUUAUUGGUAUCUCCCAUGGCUCCCGGAACCACCACGGCCCCCUCAACACCAAGUUCUACCCCGCUCACCCUGACCCCACCUGAUUCUCUUACACCCCCCUCGCUCGCGCCAGCACAAUGUUUCACCCCCACCUUUGUCUGCUGAAGGUAAUUAUCCUCCUCUGCCUGUGCCAGCCGCUCCUCCGCUUGCCCCUCCUCUGCCUGCUCAGAGAACCCCCCCUUCUCCACAUACACCUGCUCAAAGCUAUCCUGCUCCCCCGCCCACACCCGCUGAAAGAAAAUAUACUGAUCUUCAAGUAGACAGUGAGCAAGGAAGAACUCAGCUUGCCUUUAUUUUUCUGGGUCAGGCACAGGAAGAUAUUAGGAAAAAGCUACAGAAACUGGAAGGUGAAAAGUUAAGAAACUUAGAUAAACUCCUAGAGGUUGCCUGGAAAGUUUAUAAUAACAGGGACAGAGAAAUUGUCAAGAAACAGGGGCAAAGCCUUUUGGCAGUCUUACAGAGACAGGGGCGGGGACGUGGUAGAGGUGGUCGUGGCGUUAAUAGAGGUGGCUUUGGCAGAGGUUCUGGUCAUGGUAGAUUAGGUCUGAAUCAGUGUGCAUAUUGUCGGAUGGAGAGACACUGGAAAAGGGAGUGUCCAAACCGGUUUAGCCAGAAUGGUCAGCCUCAGUUAGACAGUAUGUUUAAUCAGAGUGGUGAGCCUCAGUUGGAUGGUGUAGCCAGGGUCAUGGUUUUACAUGAGAGAGAGCCAGGAUCAAGGGAGCCCAUGGUGACUUUGCAUUUAGAAGGAAAAGACGUAGAUUUUCUCAUUGACACGGGGGCCACACAUUCUGUACUAAAUUAUCUUGAGGGGCAAAUCGGGAACAAGUCAGCAGCAGUCGUUGGAGCCACAGGGAAGGAGGAGGUACGGCCAUUCUUGCAACCCCUAGAAUUGAGCUUUGAAGAUAAGAUCUUGACCCAUGAAUUCUUAUACAUGCCAGACUGCCCAACUCCGCUCUUAGGGCGCGAUCUACUGGCAGCACUGGAGGCAGUAAUUACUUUUGAGAAUGGUGAACUCGUAAUGAAAAUUCCGGAGUCUAAGACAGGAAAGAUUUUGAUGAUAAAAGAAAAACCAAUUUCUAAUAUUCCUAAAGAAGUAGAAGAUGCAGUAAUUCCCUCUGUCUGGGAAACAGAUGUACCUGGAAAAUCUAAAUUGGCACAACCGGUACAUGUAGAGUUAAAAGAAGGAGCAAAGGCUGUACGAAUCAAACAAUACCCUAUAAAACCAGAAGCAUGACAGGGAAUAGCAAAGACCAUUGAUAAAUUUUUAAAAUAUCGAAUUCUAGAGGAAUGUAAAUCGGAAUACAACACCCCAAUUUUCCCAGUGAAGAAACCCAAUGGUGAGUAUAGAAUUGUACAGGAUUUAAGAGGUAUAAAUGAAAUAACAAAAGACAUUCAUCCAGUGGUUGCCAAUCCCUAUACAUUGUUAGCAUCCGUAAAAGAGAUAUAUAAAUGGUUUACUGUAAUUGACUUAAAAGAUGCUUUCUUCUGUAUACCCCUUGACCAAGAAAGUAGGAAACUAUUUGCCUUUGAGUGGGAACAUCCAGAAAGUGGAAGAAAAACUCAGCUCACCUGGACUCGAUUACCGAUGGGGUACAAGGGGUCGCCCACUCUCUUUGGAAGUCAACUGGCAAAAGAACUAGAAAUCUGGACCAGAGAAGGGCAAGUACCAAGAGACCAAUAUUUAUUACUCCAGUAUGUAGAUGACAUUUUGAUUGCAACAGAGGAAGAAAUGACCUGCAUAAAGGUAACCAUUGAGAUCUUAAAUUCAUUAGGAAUGGGAGGGUAUAAGGUAUCCAGAGAAAAAGCACAAAUUGCCCAACAGACUGUGAUUUACCUGGGAUGUGAAAUCUCACAAGGGCAGAGAAAACUGGGUACUAAUCGUAUUCAAGCUAUCUGUGCUAUUCCAGAGCCCCAGAAUCUACACGAGCUGCGGAUCUUCCUCGGAAUGACAGGGUGGUGUCGCCUGUGGAUCAUGGACUAUAGACUGAUCGCAAAACCCUUGUAUGAGGCUCAGAAGACGCAGCCGUUCACCUGGGGCAAACCACAGAAAGAGGCCUUCCAGAAGUUAAAGGAAGCACUGACAACUGCUCCUGCUUUGGAGUUACCUGAUCUGUCUAAAGACUUUCAGCUGUACGUGCAUGAAAGGCAGCGACUGGCACUGGGAGUCCUGACCCAACGACUGGGAAGCUGGAAAAGGCCGGUGGGUUACUUUUCCAAACAACUCGACAACGUAAGUGCCGGAUGGCCUUCAUGUCUGCGGGCAGUGGCAGCUACCGUGCUGCUGAUACAGGAAGCCAGGAAGCUCACAAUGGGAAGACACAUAGAUGUCUAUGUGCCACACAUGGUAACUACAGUCCUGGAACAAAAGGGGGGCCAUUGGCUCUCUCCAAGCCGGAUGAUGAAGUUUCAGGUAACCCUGACUGAGCAGGAUGAUGUUGCACUAAAAACAACUAACCUCUUGAAUCCAGCUCUAUUUCUAGGUGCCACAGCUGAGGAAGGUCCAUUAGAGCAUGACUGUCUAGAAGUCAUCGAGCACACUUAUUCAGCAAGAACAGAUCUGAAGGAUGUCCCCCUGGAGCAACCAGAGUGGGAACUCUUUACAGAUGGAAGCAGCUUCAUGGAGAACGGAGCCAGAUACGCGGGAUAUGCGGUAACUACAAUUGAUGUAGUAAUAGAGGCAAAAUCACUACCACCUAACACGUCUGCACAAAGGGCAGAACUAAUCGCAUUAACCAGAGCACUCGAGCUGAGUGAAGGGAAGACAGUGAAUAUUUGGACUGAUUCCAAAUAUGCCUUCAGAGUAGUGCAUGUACACGGAGCUUUAUGGAAAGAAAGAGGACUGCUGUCCUCCCAAGGGACAAAUAUUAAACAUCAAGAUGCAGUCCUACAAUUGAUAGAUGCAGUACAAAAACCUGAACAAGUAGCAAUCAUGCACUGCAAGGCACAUCAAUCAGGCAACUCCAAAAUUUGUGAAGGAAAUCGAAAAGCAGAUUGGGCAGCCCGUCAGGUAGCGCGAGAGGUGCAGAAAACAAUGGCAUUGAUACCAUCAAGACUUAAUAUCUCUCAAUUUAAUUUGCCUCCGAAGCCAAACUAUACAAUCGAAGAUGACAGACUAGCACAACUGCUGAAGGCACAGAAGAACGCAGAAGGGUGGUAUGUAACCGCACAAGGGCAAAUAGUGGUACCUCCUUUGGUAAUGAGAGAAAUUUUACAGGUAAAACAUAAUGAGUGUCACUGGGGUGCAGAGGCGUUGGUAAAGUGGUUAAGACAAUACCUAAUCUCAGUACGGAUGCAAACAAUGGCCAAGUCAGUAAUGUCUAAAUGUGAAAUCUGUCUGAAAAACAACCCAGUAGCUAGACGACAGGCACAGUUAGGCAGAAUUCGGAUAGGAAUAGAACCAGGAGACUAUUGGCAAGUGGAUUUUGCAGAACUGCCAAAAACUCGGGGAUACAAAUACCUGUUAGUAGGGGUUGACACGUUUUCUGGAUGGCCAGAAGCCCUUCCCUGUCGCACAAACCAAGCAAAGGAAACAGUUAAGUGGUUAUUACAGGAGAUCAUUCCCAGGUUUGGGGUGCCCCUAGGGAUAUCAUCAGACAGAGGCCCACACUUCAUAGCCACGGUGGUACAAGAGGUAAGCAAGUUAUUGGGAUUAUCUUGGGACCUCCACACACCAUGGAGACCCCAGUCAAGUGGGCAAGUAGAAAGAAUGAACCAGACACUGAAGAGGCAGAUCAGUAAAAUAUGCCAGGAAGCCAAACUGCAGUGGCCACAGGCUUUGCCGAUAGCAUUGCUGAGGGUUCGGAUAAAGCCUAGGAGUGGGAUGUCAGUUAGUCCUUAUGAAAUAUUGUAUGGGAAACCAUAUGAAUCUCCUAACCCCAAUCCAAAUGUUCAUGUCACAGGGAAACAAGAUGUGUAUAAUUAUGUUCUGUCCCUCGGGAAAACUCUAGCUCGGCUUCGAAGUGUUCUCGUGUGGAACAGACCACUGGCCCUGGAGAAUCCAGUCCACAAUAUCGAACCAGGAGAUGAGGUAUACAUCAAAACCUGGAACGAAGAACCACUAAAAGAGAAGUGGACUGGUCCCCAUCAGUGAUUUGGUCAGUUUACAGAAUCCUGAAGAGAGAGAUACAGAAAAAGGCAUCUUGAAACAGGACCAUAAUGAAGGCACUGGCACGGAACCCAGCACCUUCAAUCCGCAACAACAUCCCGGACAAAGCCUAUGACAACAGAGGAUUUGAAGAUGAACAUCCAGUAUGAACUCUGAAGCCUAAUGGACUGUAUUAAGUGAAAGCAUUUACACUUAGUAUAUUAGAGUGAAAAUACUUUCAAAGGGGGGAAUGUUGGUGGAGGGUUAAAAAAUAUAAUUUCUAGAUUGAGUAAUGUGUAGGGGGAGGAAAGUAGAGAACGUACAACUGGAACUUGACGCAGCUAGCUAGGAACAAGCGUCAACAGCUCCAUGCUAUUGUUUUAACCAAAUCAAGUGUGGAUCAGGGUAGAAGCGUAGGUAUGAUUUAAGAUAGUAACUAAGGAAUAGGAUAAUCAGUAUCUAGGGGUGGGGGUUAGUUAACAUGUGUAUAAUUUAAACUAUAAAAAUCACGAAUCGACUCUGUAUGCUUUGGACAUCAGAUUUGGGUGUAUUAUCACCCCGGUGUCCCGCGCGCUGGAAUAAAGAACCGCAUAUGAUCGCC